UUCUCCCUAAAAACUGUCCUAAAAGAUCUCUCAGCCUAUAGAACAUUUCUUCAUCAUAACCCUCCACAACUAAUCAAGCUAAAAGGAUCCUCAUUUCUCUCUUCCUCUUUCUCUCUCUCUCCCCCUUUUUCUUUUCAAAACUCCGCAAACGAGCUCACUAAGUUAAUCACUCGCUACACAAAAUGGCAAAUUCUGCAUCUGGGGUUGGCGUGUUCGACGAAUGCAAACUGAAGUUCAUGGAGCUGAAGUCGAAGAGGAACUUCAGAUACAUCAUUUUCAAGAUUGAUGAAACAGGGCAGGCUGUGGUGGUUGAGAAGAUGGGGUCUCAUGAAGAGACUCAUGAUGAUUUCACCAAGAGCUUACCCUCCAAUGAUUGUCGUUUUGCUGUUUUCGACUAUGAUUUCACCACCCAAGAGAAUUGCCAGAGGAGCAGGAUCUUCUUCAUUGCCUGGUCACCAGAAACCGCAAGUGUGAGGAACAAGAUGGUGUAUGCAGCCUCCAAGGACAAAUUCAGGAGAGAAUUGGAUGGUGUUCAGGUUGAGUUGCAGGCAACUGAUCCAAGUGAGAUGAGCUUGGAUAUCUUCAAGGGGAGGGCACACUAAAAUGUUUUCUUCAAUACAUAUUAUAUACUUGCAAAACAUACUUUCCCAAAAAAAUUGCAUUUUUAUUUUUAUUUUUAUUUAUAAGCAUCUCAAUGGUUAUGGCCAAUCUGGGUUGUGUUUGGCUGACUAUUGAUGAUUGUGUUAGUGCUGAGGAUGAGAUCAGCAUAUCCCCAUUCUUGGUUUGUUUUUUUUUAUUUUUGUUGCUCAAAUGUUCCAUCUAGUUGUCUUUGAAUUUUGAUUACAUUAUUGUAUACCUUUUGAUUUAUUAUGUUCUGUUUCUGAAUUAAUAAUAGAUCAUACUUGUAUACCA